AUGAACAUGGAUGUUCCUGAAUUGGUUCAGUUCUCUCUCGAGACGAGCUCGCUAAACGAGUCCAAUCUCUCUGGCGAGGACGGGGAAGUUUACAUGUUCCAAUGGUUGUCAUCGGUGGAGCAUUUCCUGAAGUCUGCCUCUCAGGAAGAUCUGAAGUCCGUUCAGCGGAGCCUGGAGGAUACCCUGAUCAAAAUCAUAUCACACGGAGAUCCUUAUCCACCCCCCGGACGGCCUCUACGCAGUCUGGUUUCGAAAUGUCUAUCAAUCUUGUAUGCACGCGGCGACUCGAAGACGAUAUUUGAUACUAUUCUUGCUCUCAUGAAGGUUGUUGGUGAUUUCAAAGUUCCUGCAGAGAGAGAUGUACACAAGACUGCUUCAUUGUAUUGCAUCGGCGAACUGAUGGCUGCAUUUGGUGCCCAGAUUAUGUCUUUCAUGACAGAGGUUGCGGCUCUUUGCCUCAAAGUAUAUAAAUCUUCGUCUUCUGUUACCCUCCGGUUCCAUGCUGUCAUUGCCUUGGAAAAAUCCCUCACAGCGUCUCGGCGAGCCGCUACCGAUGCCGUAGUUCGCGAUAUAAUCAGACAGAUGAAAUCUGGCCUCAAUGACAAGUCGCUGCCCAUCCGGCGCGCGGCCUCUGCUGUCCUUACAGUCCUAUAUCCUCUAAACAAUGACUGGACAGCAGCUGAGAUAGAGUCCACUGUCAACCUAUGUGUCCGUAGUCUUGAGAGUGCUGAUCAGGUCACUCGUCACUCUCUGGCGCAUCUGGUUGCAACGGUGCUUGCUUCAAGUCAGGCCGAAGUCGCUUUGGUGGCCCCAGAUUCUUCGAAGACCGGCAAGAAAGAUAAGAAUGAUGACGAUGAUGACCAAACACCGCCCAUUGCUCCCAUAGGAGGUAUCAAGACGUUACUUACCAUCCCGGAUAUGCUUCUGCAGCUGUCGACACAUUUCAACAAGCCUCAUUCAUCUCACAAGACGCGUGUUGGUAUAUUCGACUUCUACGCUGCCUUACUUGCGUUGCUCGGCACAAAUUUCGUAGAAAGUAACUAUGCCAUCGUCGUCCACCACUUCAUUAAUGAAAUCAUCAUGAAUGGACGGAAUUUGACAACCCGUUACGAGGUUCUUCUCGUUCGGCGGCUCAUUGGUAUUCUCUUGCGAGACCUCAUCGGAGUGCGGUUGCUCAGCGAGCAGGCGCAAAUCGAGGCUAUUCAAGAACUUUCUAGUACCUUUUUGAAACGUUGGCCAGCAUUGAUGCCAGGUCAUAAAGCACCCACUUCCCAUGUUUUAGCUAUCUCUCUUAGAGAAGUCGCUGGUCUUCUCCAACAACUAGGCAACGCGCCUCCACCAGUGCAGGCAGCACUUGCAGAGCCAUUGGUUACUCUGCUAGCUCAUCCUAGCCAUACGGUGCGCGUACAUGCUAGUUGGACUUUACGCAUAUUCUGCUAUUCCUCUCCUUUGCGACUGCCGAAGAUCUUGAUCAACGUUAUGGACCUCCUGCAGCGCGACAUCUCUCUCAUGACAUCCCCGUCAGCGCCAGCCGAUCUCUACUCUCGUGCUUUAGGUCAUGCAUAUGGUCUCGCCGCGCUUGUUGCGGUGAUCCCUGAGAAGCCGUUGUAUGUAUCCUACGACAUCAGCGCGAAGAUUCUAGACAUGGCCAUACAGCUUUUGAAACGAGCUGGAGAUCAUGACGUCAGGGUUGCCAGUGUAGAAGUCGAAAUAGCCUGGACGUGUAUUGCUUCGCUGAUGACCUUGGGGCCCAAUUUUGUCCGUGCAUAUCUUCCACAGCUCCUUGUCCUCUGGAGAAACGCCCUUCCAAAGCCAACGAGUAAGGAUACGGCGAGUGGACUCGGGCGGUUGGCUUCUGAGUGGGCUUUUCUUCUGCAUGUCCGAGAAAGUGCACUGGGGGCUAUUCUGUGCUUUCUGCGGCAUAAUUGUCCUGCACUUCUCACUCUUGAUGUUGCACGCCGCAUUGCGACAAUGCUCACCAACGCUUUUGUCUUCACUAAUGCGUUCGCAUCCCAGCAUAUAGAAGACCAGUCGGGCUCCAACAUCGAGCCUUUUUCUAAUGGCCCAUCCUUACGAUCUCGAGAAGCGCUUCUGAGAAGAAGAGUGUUUCAGUGUUUCUCCGCUCUGGGUGUCAUCAAUGCCUCUGAGAACACUCAGACUGCACUAUUGCAAUCCAUCAUCUCUCUGGUCGCCAGCCCUGAUGGCUAUUUAGGUUCCUCUGUUCAGGCUGCAAUCGCUUCCUCGUCCGGGUCUUUCACGUCUUUGUGGCAAACAUAUGACGGCUACGCAUAUGGUGUCACCUCUAUUCAGGCAGAAGAAGAAUCGUCUGGAUCUGUGAUGGAGUCGUCCUCAUCCAAGGAUCGCUUGAACCGCGACUCUAUCGAGUCGGCAAUAGACGAAUUGCUAAGCAAGCCUAUCGUCAAAUCUUGUGAACACGACUCCCUGUCAAUAUCACAGUCUCACCAACUCAAGACGAUGCCUUUGUGGCCCGAACUCCCUCCUGCAGCAACCGGAGCAGUAGAUGCUGGCCUCAGCCUAUUUUCCGAACUCCUUCCCUUGCAAGAUUCUACCUUGGUCACUCGUACAAUCACUCAACUUAUUGAAGCCACGCGAUCGCCAAAGUUCGACAGAAAUAUUGGCCGUAAGGCGGCAGCCUUGCUCAAUGCCAGCAUGGCAAUUCUACUCGCUCUACGUCAGGCCAUGGGAUCGAGUUCACGGCAGGUCCGGGAUAUAUUCGGCUCAGCUCAAGUGACAGCUCCAAUAUCUGUAUUUCUUAAGGCAUGUCUCACAAUCUAUAGAACUCGCAACGAGCGUGAACACUCAAAUUUCUUUUACCAGGACACCUUGAUUGACAGCGAUCCUUCCCUCCGAUUUGUCAGCAGCGAAGCUGUUGGUUGUCUAGCUGGCCUUUCCGAUAAUGUUUUCCUAGCUAGUCAGAUGAAGAUUCUGGUCGAUCAAGUGGUCAACAAUCGGGAUCCUCAAGGAAGAGCCGGAUGUGCAUUGGCUUUGGGAUCGAUCUACAAUCAUGUCGGUAGCCUGGUUGCAGGGCCUCUGCUCAAGACCACCAUCAAUAUUCUGAUGUCACUGAGUAAGGACGCUCAUCCUCUCGUGCACUUCUGGGCUCUCCAUUCCCUUUCUCGGGUAAUCAACGCUGCCAGUCUUGCUUAUGCCCCAUACGUUCCGGGGACGCUUGGGAUGCUUUUCAAGGUGUACAUGUUGGAAUCUCAUGAACUGGAAGGAGGAACGGUGGCUAACGCCAACAUCAGUGGCGAUUUACCCGCGUAUCAAGUUGCCUGUCAGAUGGUUGACGCUGUGAUCACUAUACUUGGCCCAGAUAUUCAAGAAUCGCCUCGAACUCGGGCCUUAAUAUGGAAUCUAGUCCAACAGUAUAUGGGCGAAGACGACGACGGCAUCCGUGUUGAAGCGAUCAAAUGUAUUCAGCACUUCCUUAUGUUUGCUCCAGAAUCUGUCGACGUCCCAGAGCUCAUUAACCAGUUUCGCACUCACUUGAACUCAUCCCGCAGACCGCUCAAGCUUGCGUCCAUUCAUGCAUUGUACCAACUCGUCCAGAAAGAUGCAUUGCUCAUUUCAAAGGUCGGGGGUGAUCGUUUAGUGGAAGAUCUCUUCGCAAUGCUAGACGGUGAUCCCUCGAUCGACGGAGUUCGCCAAGUAAUCUCUAGCUGGCUUCAGCAAACCGUGGUGCAUAAUCCAUCAGCAUGGAUUGACUUAUGUCAGAAGAUCAUGUCUAGGACCAAUGCAACGCAGCAAGCAAAUGAAGAUAUUCUCAAAGGGGGGGCUUCAUUCGAUGAUGAGGGGGAGUCGCUGAGUACUGGCAUGUCUCAGGGAACGACCACGGUUGGGCAAGGCCGACUGACCUCGCGAUGGAGGACGCAGCUCUUUGCUUUGCAAUGUCUGCACGAUAUAUGUACGAUCGUUGCUCGCUCAGGUCGCAAAGAACAUCUUGAUAUUGCCUUAUCUCGGCGUUUAGGCAUUCCAGUCGCAGGACUUUUAGUAUCUCGUAUCCCUGAUUUAAUCAAGAUGGCGUUUACUGCUUCUACAGCCUAUGUCACAGAGAUUCGGUUAGAUGGAUUGGUUGUAUUGCGCGACGUCAUUCAGAUAUUUUCCAAAACCCCAGACCCUGAUUAUGAAGACGCAUUUCUCUUGGAGCAACAUCAGGCCCCUAUUACUGCGGCGCUAACACCGGCCUUUACGGCUGAUUCAACUCCGGAAAUCCUAGCGUCCGCAAUCGGCGCCUGCGCCAUCUUCGUUGGGUGUGGAAUUGUCAAGGAUGUGACGAGAAUGGGCCGUAUUUUAAAGCUGCUCAAUUCAGCCCUAGAACAAUGCAAAGGUUCAGGGAUGUUAUCUCUAGGUGAAGCAGGAGAGGGUAGCCCGAACGCAUCUGCUAUGUUGCGAAUCGCGACCCUUUCUGCUUGGGCUGAGCUGGCAUCUGCGAGCAUGGCGCAGCCAUACCUCAAGGAGGUAGUCAAACCUUAUCACCCCGUCUUGGCAUCCCUCUGGGUUGCAGCCUUGCGAGACUAUGCCAGCAUCCGAGCCGGUUCGGAACUCAUGCAAGAUUCAUCUGCUCCUUUAGAUACUGCAUAUGCCAAUCUUGGCAAAGACAUUCUUCUGCCUUAUUAUAUAGAAUCUUGGCCGGUCAUCCUUCACGCGAUUGCAACAGCCAUGGAGGUCCAUGAUCCAUACGUUCGUGCUGCGAUGGACGGCGUGGACAACUUGGUCGCUGUCAAGCCAAGCGAUGACGCUGAAGAUCAUAAGGACCCGACUGUCUUCUUCUUUGUCGUCUUCGGUCUGGUAUAUGAAGCACUCUCUACAUCUUCCGAAUCAAUCGCAACGGCCAACAGCCACUUACCCUUCAUCGCUUUGAAAACGUUGAAAAGCCUCGUUCGCAGGGAAUACUCUGGAAAUGCCUUGAUGGAGCGGACGAUCUUCGACGAACUCUUGAGCCUCUGGUAUCGCAUGGCAAUGACCGAGCCUGCAAUCGUCCAAAUUCAUCUGAUAGAGACCAUAGUGGUUUUUUCGCAACAUAACGUGGACAGCUCUAUAACAUCUCCUUCGCCCGCAGUGCACUGCCUCAAACUGUGUGCAUAUAUUUUGAAAAAUGCGCUCCCCGGUGCCCAAAACGCGGUCAAAUACAGCAACUCGAGUAUCGUCGAUCGGACAAACCUCAUCAGAACUGCUUUCGAAGCGUUAUUAUCGAUUGGCUACACCCUAGGCAACGAUACAUAUGAGGAAGUCAGAGCUGUUGCCGUUUCAUUGUAUAGCGAACUAUUGAAAGAUGAAAGUUCCGACGUUGAUUUUGUUGGGCCAACACUUCCGUCUCUGAAGUCUCUUCUCACUGUUUCCUCGAAGAAUUCAGUCCCAACGGAGAUGUCCUCUCAGUUAGUUCACGGUCUUUUGUCUGCAUGUAUGCUUCACAUAGACGAGAUGAAAGGACGAUCAGGUCUUAUAUCGGACAAUAAAAUCAAGAAUAACUUUUUGGCCGCAGUCCUUGUUCUGACGGUUAUACCAUCAACAAUCAAAGUUGGACGUGGGGUCGUUUCACGCUGCUGUUUCUUAAUUUCGGAACAGCUGGCAGAAGGACGCGAGAUGGCACUUACUGCUGCCCACUGUGCGAAGACCUUGAUCCUCGCUUCUGGGUCUGGCAGUGUUAUCUUGCACCAAUGCGCAAAGUUACUACUUCCAGGCAUGGUAGAAUAUGUUGCCAAGGUGCCUGGGUUGGCUACGGACGAACCUGCGAUGCGGAAGCAAUCUCCCAUUAUGGAAGAGGUCUUCAAAGCAUUCAAUGUCCUAUUCCUUAAUGUCGCGGAAGAAGCACGUGUUCGAGUACUUGGAAUUCUUCUACCGACCAUGACUCUGCUUCUCGAACCAAGUGAAUCGUCACCAUCUUCCCUUCACUCACAAGCCUUGGCUCAGGUACUUUCUUUUGCUUCUACGUCGCCGGCCGCUUUCAAGGAGGCCACAAGCAAGCUAGACCAGAUAAUGCGUGAGCGGCUGGAGGGGUCAGUUAGACAAGCGUUGGGUGUAAAGAGUGCAGCAAACGCCCAGCAUGCUGCUAAACCCCAAAUCUCGCUCCGAUCAUUUUGA